AUGGAGGUGGCUUCGACAGCAACCGCUUCUGUCUCUCCGGCGGGAGCGACCUUCUCAGCCUCGGUCUACGAUAAGAGUGCCAGCCUCCUGAAUACUACGUCCUCUCGAUUAACGCCCCUUCCUUCGAUCCCGAAACAAAUCCUGCUUCUUCCAUUUCGCUUCAUAUAUCGUGCCGAGGUCUUCAUAUUCGUGACGUUGCCCGGGUCUGUGGCUCGAAUGAUAGGCUGGGACAGAUUUUUUGAAUCUUUGAUUGAGAAAGGAGCCGAUUUAAUAGAAAGAAUCAGUGGCUGGAUAGAAGGUGGCGCUACAGAUGCUGCUGCAGCUGGGUUGGGAGCUAUCGAAGCAGACGGGGUAACCGGAGCUGCGGGGGCCGCGGAGGCCGCCAAUGGCUCAGGCUUCUCCUUUGGAGAGAUUACCCAUGGCUUGAGCAAGUUUGGUGGCUUUUUUAGCUAUGUGAUGAGUAAAUGGUCCAUCGGAUGCUUUGCUGUGGCCCUUAUUCUGAACCGUGUGAGCAUCUAUGCUUCUACUCGCCGACAUCUCUCCCUAAAAUGGAAUCGAAGGCUCCUCUUACGGAUAAUCCCAAUUGUUUUGUUUUCCACUCAGAUCGUUUCUUUACUGAGAGCCUGUCGCUGCCAAACCUCUCCCGACUAUGCAGCUCUUCGCUACGGUAAACCCAAGCAAUUGUCAAGUUUUGAUUAUGCUGGCGAAGGAGGGUUUCUUUACAGAUUGAGCUCGUUUCUACUGCAAUGGGAAGAUGAUCAGGCGUCAUGCAGCGCGGUGUCUAUGGAUCAACCAAUGAAAGCUGGAGACAUUCCAUAUGGAUCAUUUUCUCUUCUUUGGCCAGCUUUCUUACGCUUUUGCCUGGGACAUUUUGUGGAAACGCUUUCAUGUGCGCUUCAAGGAAAGCCUGUGGGCAGCGAGGUGGGAAUGUCCAUAUUUGAGCAUUCACUUGCUUUUGCGGAGGCCGAAACCAUGCUCACCCAGUCCAUUGGGCUCGGAGUGUUUGGUAAUAUUAAGCCUGCGAAUUCUGCGGAAGCUGCCAGCGCCAUGUCUUCCGGUACAGCUAAGCUCCUUACCCGGAAUCAAGUUUUAGAGAGACUGAACGUCACGCCUGAGCUAUUACUUAUCACGCUUAUUUCGAGUUGCAAUAGCUUGACGUCGAAUAUCCUUGACGUUUUUGGAAAACAGAGCAAGUAUCGAUUCAUCAACACAACAGUGUGGGGUCUCUGCUUUAUGGCCUCUAUCGUAUGGGGAAUUGUCAAUUUAACCAUUUUCGGUCGUGACGCUACAGUUUUGAGGUUUCCUACAGUCUGUAUAGUAGGUUUUGUGCCGCAUUUACUGAUUCUCAUCGGCAUUCUAGCAUGCGGUAGUAUAUACCUUCUUGCGCUCUUCUUAACCGCCUUCUCCCUUCCUUCAGAUCUCCCUCGUCCGACCUCUUUCAAAGAAAGGCUUACUUUAGCUCAUGGAAAUAUGCAGGGCUCUUCGCAAGUCCAAAGCAUAAGGUUCAAUUCCCAUGAUGAUUUUUACACUACGUUGGUGAGGAUCGGCUACUCUUCACUGACCGCGGCAAGUGAAGCUGUUUUCUUGAACGAAGGCAAGGGGGUCAUCGCAAAACGAAUGACUUGGCUGGAAGAAGACAGACUUGCAGAGCUCUUGACAUCUCGCUCUGAGCAUAGUCAACAAGUGCAACCAACCUGGGACAGUCCAACUCUCGGCGUUGAUGAUGGGUUUGAUUUCAAAAUCCCAGACAGGACUUUUGAGUGGCAAACAGGGUACGCCCAGGAAAAGAAGUUCGAGAAAAGACGGCGGGGUACGAGGCCUGUUAGGGGCGACUCCGGCCUUGGAAGCGUUGGUGCUUUCCAAGGGCCUGCUAGAUUUCACCAUGGCUUCGCUUUCUUCAAAGGUAUCUUUAUCCUCUUAACCGGAUGGGCUGCAUUUGGGAUGGUCCAGUUAUUGAAGUGCGCGGGAAUUGUAAACCGUCCACAGUGGCUAGUUAAACUAGCCGGCUCAACGCAGACAACCAGUGGGGUGAAACAAACAAUGCCGCAAAAGUCGCUAGAUUUCUGGAUUCUCACGGAUGACGGUGUAUUACAGUUACCCGAAAAUGAUAAUUUUGACGUGGAGGAAGAAAUGCGGAAGAGAGAAAUGAUGCAUCAUGCCUCAUGGGGAGAGCCACAGGAGACACUGUUUGAAAGAAAACUUUACAACUGGUGGAAACUGGGCGGAGCUUGGGGCGAAAAGGACGAAAGUGGUGAUUAUACUCCACCGUCAGACGAUUGGGACGAUACUACGAGUGUUGUAUCCAUGAAUUCAAAUGAGGAACUCCAACACAAGAAGAUCCCCUAUCCGGAUAAAUCUAAACCUACAGCGACUGAUGCUCUGAUCGAUACAGCCUCUUUAGCCCGGUUGCUAGACCCAAAAGACCGAGAAAGUAGGUCAGAGGCUCGCAUACUUUCGUCACACUUGCUUGCCGGCCAGGAGGGAAGGAUCAUGACACGAAGCAAAUUCAAAAGGAAAGUGGAAAUGGAAAGAGCUCAAGUUCUGACUUUAAACCGAUCUUCUCAUCCCUAUUUCCGCAGUGUGUCUGGAGACUCUAUCGAAAAGAGACGGCCUUCGCCUGAUGAAGAAGCCGAGAUAUUGGAGAGGUUGAUCUUGUCACGACGUCUUGGUGGCCAUGACCCGUCACCCAGUGCGCGUGGAUCUUCUCCAUCUUGGGAGUCCGGUGCAUCGGGCCUGGGACCUUCAGGCCCGCAGUGUGUCGUUUGCCAGGCCGCUCCAAGGUCGAUCAUCACUUGGCCUUGCCGGUGUCUUUGCAUUUGUGAGGAAUGCAGAGUGAGCCUUGCGAUGAAUAAUUUUGGAAGCUGUGUCACUUGCCGCCGAGAGGUAGCAGGGUUUGUGAGAUUAUGGGUUCCAUAA